CCUCCUCCCUCCCUCCUCCCUCCAUCGCUCCAGGCUCCAAUGAUCACCGGGCAGCUGAGCAAGCCGCUGCUCUCCCUGCGAGGAGAGAUGGAAGGAACCGAGCUACGAGACGACGAGCCGGCUCCGAGUCCGGACAGCGACAUCAACGACGAAGCUCUGCUCCUGCCUCCGGAUGCUGAGGACAAGCUGUACUACGGCAGAGGUGGGUCAGUCCAGUCGGACGCAAGCAGUAGCCCCUCUGAGCAGGGUCACAUGUGCCAGCCCCAUCCUGGUUAUCCAGUUGGACCCCAGUCUCUUUUGGUGGCGCAGCAGUUGGCCUCGGCAGUGAGUGGCGUGAUGUCGGGUGGCGCUGCAGGUCUGAACCAGCCCAUUCUGAUCCCCUUCAAUGCAGGUGGGCACCUCGGGGGGCAGCAGAGCCUGCUCCUCUCUCUACCCACUGCUGCCAAUAUCCAGGGCCUGGUGGCCGCUGCGGCUGCCGGGGGCAUCAUGACUCUACCGCUACAGAACCUGCAAGCUACCUCAUCUCUCAACUCCCAGCUCCAGCAUCUCCAACAUCUCCAACAAAUCCAGCAGCAGCAUCAGCAACAGCAGCAGCAUCAACAGCAGCAACGAGAAAGGGAACAGCGAGAGCAGCUGGUCGAGCGAGAACGCGAGCGAGAACGUGAACGAGAACGCGAGCGAGAACGUGAACAUGAGCGAGAACGUGAACGAGAACGAGAGCAACAUUGUGAGUCGGCACUUCUUCAAUCAGCUGCCAAUCAGCUGCCAUUCCAUCAUCAACUCACUCCUCCAAUCAAGUCACCAGUCACCGGUCCCUCGACAGGCAUCGGCUCGUCUUGUACACUCUCUGGUCAUGCCCCGGCUCAGCCUCCUCAGUCUCCGCCCACUCAUCGGCAGAACCAGUCACCAGCUCGCAGCCUGCCCUCACCUGUCACCCCUCCUUUGCCUCUGCAGCUUAAUCCUCUAGCCAGCCAAGCAGCCGUAGCAGCAGCAGCAAUGGGCUCCAUAGCUGGAUCACAAGUGUUUGGAAAUGCCCUACCUAACCUGCAAGGGGUCACAGGGCAAUUGGUCACCAAUGCACAGGGACAGAUAAUUGGUACAAUUCCCUUGAUGUCAAACUCCGGAGGACCGUCGAGCCAAACCGGAGGUGGGACCUCUUCACUUCAGGUCCAGCCAAUCACGCCGCAGCUGCUGACCAAUGCACAGGGUCAGAUCAUCGCCACGGUGAUCGGGAAUCAGAUCCUGCCUGUUAUUAACACACAGGGAAUCACGCUGUCACCAAUCAAACCUGGACAGCAGCUUCCCCAGGCUGCUCAGGCCCAGCCGACUCCGCCUGUUUCUCAGUCAGGCCUCCUGCGAAUGCCCCACAGCCAAAGUCCUCUCCACCAACCUUCGUCAUCUUCUUCAAACUCCUCAUCUUCAUCCUCAGCUCUCAGCGUGGGCCAGCUAGUUAGCAAUCCUCAGACUGCACCCAGUGAAGUGGAUGGUGUGAAUCUGGAGGAGAUCCGAGAAUUCGCCAAGGCAUUUAAAAUCCGCCGUCUGUCUCUGGGGCUGACGCAAACUCAGGUGGGCCAGGCCCUAAGUGCCACAGAAGGACCCGCCUACAGCCAAUCUGCAAUCUGCAGACACACCAUCCUGAGAAGCCACUUUUUCCUACCACAGGAAGCCCAAGAGAGCACUAUAGCUAGCAGUCUGACAGGCAAACUGAACCCUGGCCUUUUAUAUCCUGCCAGGUUUGAGAAGUUGGACAUCACGCCAAAAAGCGCCCAGAAGAUUAAGCCCGUGCUGGAGCGCUGGAUGGCCGAGGCGGAAGCCCGCCAUCGCUCCGGCAUGCAGAACCUGACCGAGUUUAUCGGCAGCGAACCGUCGAAAAAGCGAAAGCGCCGGACCUCUUUCACACCGCAGGCUCUGGAGAUCCUCAACAGCCACUUCGAGAAGAACACGCACCCCUCGGGCCAGGAGAUGACCGAGAUCGCUGAGAAACUGAACUAUGAUCGGGAGGUGGUGCGCGUCUGGUUCUGCAAUAAAAGGCAGGCUCUGAAAAACACGAUUAAGAGGCUGAAACAGCCGGAGCUCGGACCUGAAGCACCUAUGGACCCGCUGGUUGACCCCAUGGAGGAACAUCCUUAA